CUGCCGUUCAAAUCGAUUCCGAAUUCAUUACCGGCGGAAAUCGGUUGCCGGAGGAGGAGCAUUUGGAAGCUCAUCGACGGCGUCGUUGUGCAUCUGCCGGGAGAAGAACGGGUAGGGUCCGGAUUGCGCCGCGGUCGUUGCGGCGGCGGAGAAAUGGUCCGAUUUUGAGCCCGAGGAAGUGGAAUUAGGGUUAUAGCUUGGAAGGUAGGCUUUUAUGUAAAUGUUCGAUCUUUCAUUCAUUGCGAACUGUGUUACAAAGAAUGGAGGGAUCCAUUUUCGACUGAUUUCCUAACAGUAAGAUGGGUGUAACUGUAUCAAUAAAAUUAAAAACACUUUGAGUUCGAUUAGUUGCUCUCAUCAUAAAUAAGCAAUUCAACGAAUGAUUUAUAAGGGUUUUGAAGGAAAGCUACAACACACUGCACUUAGCAACAAACAAGCAGGCAUCCAUAAUCAAGAAGACAAGAACAAAGUCCCUUUCAUUGUUAAACGUUUUCGCAGUGAGCUGGUAGUUGGGUUUGUGUUGCCCCAUUUGAAGGUUCCAAAAGGCCAUCACUUUCAUUCAUACUCAUGGCACAUGUGUGUGCAAUGAUCUGCACUUGGUUUACUUGCCCCCAUGGCGAGACUUGUGGGACAAAGAGCUUCCAGGGAACAGAGAAAAAGUAUGCCAAGUUGAAAGAGGAGUUGCUUCUGAUUCCUUCUGAGCUUUGGAGAGCAAAAUACGAGGCCUUGGAUGAUGAAGCUGAUGUUGCUGGACAGCUCCAGCUUCAUGGAAUUGAAGAUCGGGCACUUAAUGAUGUGAAAGCUACUGUUUGGCAUCAAUACUUCCUGCAUGGAGAGAUUGCUGAACAAAUUGAUCGAGAUGUGGAUAGAACUCAUCUGGACAUAAAUUUCUUCUUCGGAGAUUCAUCCUCCAUCAGGAAGAACAAGGGAGCAAUGAGGGACAUUCUUCUGCUGUUUGCCAAAGUGAACCCAACUAUUGGUUAUGUGCAAGACAUGAAUGAGGUUUUGGCACCCAUUUUCUACGUUUUUAGUACCACAUACGAUGAACAAGAUCUGGUAAAAGUUAAAAUAUAAAGACUUCUUUGUUUGAAGCAAUAUGUAGUGUCUCAAUUCAUUUUGUUUGGAUUAAUGCUCUGUCCAGGCAAAUGUAGAAGCAGACAGUUUUUAAUGCUCUGUCGUGUCUAAAUGGCCCACGAGAAGCUGUGGCGCCAUCUUGAAAACACUAGCCAGGUCAGUUUCUGACCCUAAGAGGGUUGGAUCCAUAAAAUCCCAGUUGAGGAACUAAGAUGCAGUAUGUUGAUGAUGCAAAUGAAACAGGUGUAUGCUCAGGUCUAUGCAUUCAGGUAGAUAACUCUGCUACUGACUGAAGAAUUCGGAUUCCAGUCCAUAUUAAGGAUUUGGGACUCUCUUCUGAGUAAUCUAUUUGGAGAUCAGGCCUCUCUCUUGGUCUUGAGGAUUCUCUCAAUCUCAUGCGUAUUGUUGUGAUGCUGAAGGAUAUGCUGCUGAGGAUUUCUUGUGCAAUGUUGGUGUGCUUGAGGAGUACGUUACUGUGGGGGGAUUUUGCAGCCAACUUCAAGUUGUUCCAGCAUCACCCUGAUGAGAUCGACAUAGAGUACCUCCUCCAAGUGGCUCGUAGUAUUGGUCUGGAUGGUUCAUCUCUGCACUCGCUUUGCUACCUGGACCUUCUGUAGCCAAGGAAUUUAGCUGAAGAAAGCAGGUACUAGAGACACUGAGAACUGCAGGAAGCCAGGGCCUGGGCCAUUUAGCCUUUUCCUUUCUGUAACUGCAUUGCGCUACAUGCUCAGUCAUUCACGAUAUCUCUCGCGGCCAAAGAGACUUGGGAGGGAGCCUAUACUAGCAGCAUAGCCGAGUUCUAAGAUCCUGAAGUUCACAUCUGUGUACUUGGUAAUCUCUGUACUGUCACUUAUCGUGCUUCCAUAGUUGUUAUUGACACAUGAUUGAUGGAAAUAACUGCAAGUCUAUCAUCAGCCGAUGAGUCUGCAUCAUCGUAUUGUCUUACAAGUAUGAAUGCAGGCUCCUUGGGAGAUGGAAGAGUGGUUGCAUUACCCAACAUGGAGACAACAUUCGACAUGGUUGGCCUAUCCGUUGGAGAUUCCUGAACACAUAAAAGGCCUACUUGGAUGCACCUCAUCAUUUGAUCUGCAGAAUAUGAUUCUCCCAUAGUCGAUGAAUCUGCUAUCUCCAAUGCUCUUCCUGCCCUCCACAAAUCCCACACCUGGUGUAAGGUACAUACUAAAUUAAUUAGGUUAAAUUCUCAGGUCAGCUUCGUUUCAUUUGUAAUGGACAUGAAACUUACGUGUCCGAUCAAGCUCAAUGAUGGAUUUUCUUUGUAACAAUGGUUGCUUCUCAUGCCACUGACAAUCUCAAGUACGAGUAUCCCAAAGCUGAAGACGUCGGAUUUCGUGGAGUAUAGGCCUUUUAUUGCGUAUUCUGGUGACAUGUAUCCG